AAACAGAAUGCCGAAAGUUCAACUCUUUAUUGAGCCCCUGUGGAGGUGCCUUUCUUCCUCGAACCCAACAAAAUGGAAGCUGACUAUGAGCGAGUGCUGUGCGUCAAAUCUGAAUGUUUCGUGUACCAUAUUCCACCAAGGGCAACAAGCAGAGGAUACAGAGCUGCAGAUUGGAAACUUGAUCAGCCUGACUGGACAGGUCGUCUAAGAAUUGUUACAUUGUCAGGGCAAUGUUUUAUCAAAUUUGAAGACAAAAUAUCAGGGGAGCUAUUUGCUCAAGCUCCUGUGCAUGAAUACCCUGGUGUGGAAGUUGAAGCUGUUACGGACAGUAGCAGAUACUUUGUAGUGAAGAUUGUAGAUCCCUCUGGUAAACAUGCAUUUAUAGGGAUGGGAUUCAACGACAGAGGAGAUUCUUUUGAUUUUAACGUGACAUUGCAAGACCACUUCAAACGCGAGAAGACAAGCAAAGCUCUUGAAGAUACCGUUACUGAUGCACCCAAACUGGAUUUAGGAUUUAAGGAUGGUCAAACUAUCAAAAUUAAUAUCGGACAAAAAACAGGAUCUCCUAAGCCAAGACCAAAAGCCGCCAAUAGUGGUAUUGGAAUUCUCCCACCGCCACCUGGGCAAAAGGUACCAAGUCUAACACCACCCCCUGGAAGUAGCUUUCCUGUUAGACAACAACAGCAACCGCAGUCGCAGCAAACGCAGUCGCAGCAACCUCAACCACAAUUACAAAAGCAGUCAGAAGAAUGGGGUGAUUUCUCUUCGUCCAGCUCAUCCUCUGGAGGAAAUUGGGAAACUUUCUGAGUGUCCGAGAUAAUUAUUUGAGGCCCAGCCUGCAAUCGGCGGAAGUGGAGCCCAGGCCACAUGAAAAACAAUCUGAACGGAAUCAAUUUUUAUGUCGCAUGAAAAAGUGACGUAAUCACUACUUCUCUUUGUAACUCUUCAGAUUUAAUGAUCAAUUUUGUAUAUAGGCAAUUAUAUGGUUUCUUGGUCUUGCAAUCUAUUGUCAUUUUAUAACGCUGAUAGCGUAUAAUGUAUGAUUGAUCUUCAGUUAA